CACCACUAUAUAUAUUCGAUCGAUCCCCAUUGCGCAACGCACUAUUUCUCAUCUCUAUCAAAUUAAACACAAUAUUUGCAUUCACUUUUUUUUGCUAUAUAUUUUACAUUUCACCGGAAAACACAAACACACAGUGAUCGGCGAUGGGGAGUAAAUCACCUGAGACGGAUCAUCCUGUGAAGGCCUUGGGCUACGCCGCUAAAGACACUUCUGGCGUACUCUCCCCCAUAAACUUCUCCCGGAGGGAAACAGGGGAUGAAGACGUGAGGUUCAAAGUGUUGUACUGUGGAGUCUGUCACUCUGAUCUUCACUCUGUCAGGAAUGAAUGGCACAACGCCAAGUAUCCCAUGAUCCCUGGACAUGAGAUUGUGGGUGUGGUGACUGAAGUGGGCAGCAAGGUCAAAAAAGUCAAAGUAGGAGACAAAGUGGGGGUGGGUUGUAUGGUUGGGUGUUGCCAUUCAUGCGAUCAAUGUGGUGCAGAUCAAGAGCAAUACUGCCCAAAAAUGGUACAAACCUACAAUGACUCUUCUAUGGUAACCUACGGUGGUUACUCUGACCACAUGGUAGCCAACGAACACUUCAUCGUCACAUGGCCCAAAGACUACCCACUUGAUGGUGGUGCACCUCUUCUGUGUGCUGGAAUCACUGUUUACAGCCCAAUCCGAUACUAUGGGCUCGAUAAGCCUGGAAUGCAUGUUGGUGUGGUUGGGCUUGGUGGGUUGGGUCAUGUAGCUGUUAAGUUUCUUAAAGCUCUUGGUGUUAAGGUUACUGUGAUCAGCACCAGUCCAAGAAAAAAGAAGAAGCUAUUAAUACUUUUGGUGCUGAUUCUUCCUGGUGAGUCGUGA